GUGAAGAAAAGACUGUGACUCAGUACGAAAAGUUUGGAAAAGGAUUUGGCUUAAGAGAAGGCACAAAGGGACAAAUGCAUGAUGUUUCCUAAUAUCCAUGACAGGAACCAGUCCAAGUGGACGUUUGAUUUAAAGAAAAAGUUCAUUACAAAUCUGGAUUUAGCUUUAUCACGAGAUCAAGUGCAUGCAUCACAGCUACCUAGAAUUCCUCCUGAAAAAAAAUGUUGGCUAAAGCAGCCUCCCGAUUUUAGCUAUAGACUGUACAUAACCCCAAGCCUUAUCAGGAAACCACAUGGACAACCAAAAGAACUGAAAAAGCAGAAGUCAAAAACAAGUACAGUACAUGACGAAUUGGUUGGAAUAAGGUCCAGAUUAUUUGACCAGGUCAUAGAACCGGAGGUGCAACCGAAGAUCAUUACAAGGUUUCCACAUGUGGGUCCUUAUGAAGCUCAGUUAAUGUUUGUGAAGAUGGGAAAGUUUAAGACCACCAAAUACCAAGAUCCCAGACCACAUGACUAUAGACAGUAUGAACAAGAUAUGCCAAAUUUUGUGACAAGCUAUGCCAAGGAUCCUCUGAAUCUAAAGUUGAAAUUACAGUGUUUAAGCAAAGUCCAUGGAAUGCAUCCUUUAACAGAACAAAAAAUGUCACCCCGGUCAAAGGAAAAAAUCAUUACCUACAAGCCUAAAGAACUCAAGUGGGAUUCAAAGCUUUUUCUACCCAAAGAGCCUUGGCCUGCCAAAUCGGGUUCCUUCACGAGGCACAAACACCAACAAGGUGCACAUAGUGCCUUCAUAGAACGUGUUGAAGAAACAUUAAGCAAGCUGUGGCUCAAAGAGGCAAGUCAGAAGCAAGCAGCAAGCAAAAGGGAGAAAGCAGCAGAGAGUACAUGCCAGAAAAGACUAAAUGUAGCUGUUUCUUCUGAAAGUUACUUUGAGACAGAGCAGCAGAUCAAUGGAGAAAAAGGCCAGCAAAAAGGGAGGUUCUCUCAGUCAUCAUAUAUCGGACAAUGCAAGUGGGGAAUGCCAAAGUCAGCUAGUCUUCCAGCAUACAUAAAACCUGAACCAUUGGGUUUCUUGUUGCCAACUGGUAUAGCUCAGAGCGUUGAGGAGCUGAGGUGCAAAUAAUGAAGGAAGGCUUCUGGAAAAACAUAAGUAAUUAGUAUUAUUGGCAUUCUGAUAAAUGCAAGAACUCUAACUCACAUUCACACACACACACAUGUAUAACAAAUAUCACUUCAUUUAUAUAAUAAACUCUUAGAUGCUGUUGCAUGCAAAAUGGUUUGUUUAAAAUUAUAAUAAAUAUUGCAAAAAAUAUAUAUAAGUAUGGACAUGUUCAAGCCCGAAGAAGGAAGAAGAGGAAGGAAGGAAGGAAGGAAGGAAGGAAGGAAGGACUUUGAAUAUGGAAGAGUGAGAUUUCCUUGUAAAGGAACUAUUGCUUUAGGAGAUGAAAACUGGACCCUGUAAAGAAAUACUGAACAAUUACUGUACGGGGAAAAAAUCUGGAAAGGUAAUGAUUGAGGUGCUUAAUGACACUUGAAACAAUGAGGCAGGAAAGCAGGUUUGGAAUUGAACAAAGGAAGCAAACAAACAGAAGCAUGCGGUUUGCUGAAUCAGAGGAAUGGACUAAAAACAGGUUAAAGCAGAUUAGAAAUUUAACCAUCCAGUAUAAUCUCACGGUGGGCUUCCAAACAAUGUGAUCUCAACUGUAAUUAAUGGCUUUUGGGUUAAAUUGGAAAUUAUUUAUUCAAAGUAUGAAUGUCUCAGAUUUAUGAAUUUAUGCAGACUAUUGAACAUGCAAUUAAUACUAGAUAUCAACUUGGGCUUGGAUCAGUUGGUUCUUGCAUGCUAUGUACUAUGUGAUGUAUAUCUAGAUAAAAAGAGAGAAUGAGAGAUGCAGGGGAGAGAGAAAGACUGCCGCAGUUAAUUUAUUUGCCCUGUCUAGACAGAGGUUUCACCAGAACAGUGAAAAAUUCUCACGGCUUCCUGAAUAGAAGGUACACAUUGAUGAACCUGAAAGUGAUUUCCCUGGAAAAGUAAAUCUCAUGCUCCCAAAGCACUCAGCCAUGAAAGGCUGCAUCAGCAGUUAUUAUUUGUCUCUCACCCCUGGAACUCCCUGUG